CUUUCUUUUUUGUCCUUGGAAUAGAAUACACAAUUUAAACUCCAAACACACCAAAAAUAUUGGCACAGUAGAAACUAGAAAGUCACCGAGACUAAGACAACUGCUAUUGACUUUUGGAAAUUCCGAAUUCGCCCUUGAAAUUCAUCGUCCCUAGCCACACAAAACAAUUGAACGGAUUUAUAUAUCAUGUUGGUUUUUUUAACCUCCACAUAAAACCUCAAAACGAGAAAGAAAGAACCGAAUCUCUCUUCUUCCAAGGAAGGAGAGAGCCGACCAGAUUUGAGGAAAUGAAAGGCUUUGCGCCUCUAGCUCCCAUUGCCAAGAGAUUGCAGGGCAAGGUUGCGGUGAUCACAGGCGGGGCCGCCGGCCUAGGCGCGUCCGCCGCCCGCCUCUUCGCCCGCCACGGCGCCAAGGUCGUGAUCGCCGACAUCCAACCCGAACCGGGUCGGUUACUAUCCGAAGAAAUCAACUCAUCCCAAUCCCACGGAACAGCAGCCGCCUCUUACGUACACUGUGACGUCACCGUCGACGCGGACGUCCGAAACGCUGUCGACGCCGCCGUUUCGACCCACGGCAGGCUCGACGUCAUGCUGAGCAACGCCGGCGUGAUGGCCAGGCCGGACACCAUGGCCAUCGCGUCCACCGACCCGGACGACUUCAGGCGCGUGUUCGACGUGAACGUGUACGGCGCGUUCCUCGCGGCGAAGCACGCGGCGAGGGUGAUGAUGACGGGGCAAGGUGGUGGUGGUGGGGCCAUCGUGUUCAUGGCCAGCAACGUGACGGCGACGAGCUACGGGACCACCCCGCACGCUUACGUGGCGUCGAAGCACGCGGUGGUGGGCCUGAUGAGGAACCUGUGCGUGGAGUUGGGAGGGAACGGGAUCCGGGUGAACUCCGUUUCGCCGUUCGCCGUCCCGACGGCGAUGUCGCUGGGGUUCACGGGGAUGGACGAGACGGCGUUUAAGGAGGCGUAUUACGGGAAGACGGGGAAUUUGAAAGGGGUCGAGCUGGAUGCUGGUGACGUGGCGGAGGCGGCGUUGUAUCUGGCCAGCGAGGAUGCCAAGUAUGUGAGCGGGAUUAAUCUUCUGGUUGAUGGAGGUUACAGCUUGAAGAGUGCCUGAGUUUUCCUUGUGUUAAUUUUUUUCUUGGGUUGAAAACAAGAUGGUUGUGUUAUAUAAUAAUAAUAAUAUUAGUUCUCAUCCCAGAAAAAAAGGUCGACAAAGAAAGAGAGCAAUGGCAGAGUCUUGUUCCACAUGGAUAUCAUUUCUCUUGAAACCUUCCGGAGUGGAUGUCGUUUCAUGUGAAAGGUACCUGAGAUGAAGAAAGAAGACGACGACAGUGUUUUAAGUUUCAGUUAUUUAAUAUUUACUGUGGGUUGAUUUAGACGAAUGACGUUUAGUCACGUUUGUGUUACCGUUACCCAAACAGUAAAAGCUUGAUCAGUAU